AAUAUUUUUCCGUGAUAAAAGUACAAAAAUAGGCAGAAUCGAUGAAAGUGGAAAUGGAAGAAAUAGACGAUAGCACAAUUUGCGAUUCCGUGUCAUCCUUGGUGGAAGGAUGCAGACUCCCGGUUCACAUGACGGGGACUUCGGACUGGCUUUCAGCGCUGGCCGAGAUUAUCAGUAUUAAGGAAGUACAGGGUUCGAAAUGUUACUACGUCCAUUAUGUUGACUUUAAUAAACGGUUAGACGAGUGGGUGACUGAAGAAUCUCUGGACACCCGUAAGGUUCAUUUUCCCAGACGCGAUGGUGGUAGCAACACGGGGGUGUCGACUCCCAAAAAAGUCCACAUUGGGGGAGGCGGGGGUGGGGGCGGCCCUGUGGGUUCCGUCUCAAGACCCUCAAGUCCAGUUGCUGGCUCCGAGCUAGUGAACGGCAGCGCCGUUCUAGCGGCGGCUCUCCAGAAACGCAUGAACCGAAAACGCAAAGGGCCUUCCCUAGAGAGCGAGGAUUCUCAAGACGGGCCUGCGCAGCUGCCCCCAGGUCCGAGACAGUCCGGGAGCAUGGUCUCCCACCACGACGACAUUGUCACCCGAAUGAAGAACAUUGAUCUCAUAGAGUUAGGCAAACAUAGAAUUAAACCGUGGUACUUCGCCCCCUAUCCACAGGAAAUGGUUAAUUUAAGUUGUAUAUAUAUCUGCGAAUUUUGUUUGAAGUAUCGGAAAAGCCGGAAAUGUUUGGAGCGACAUUUAGCCAAAUGCAACCUGCGGCAUCCUCCGGGCAACGAAAUCUACCGAAAAGACACAGUUUCGUUUUUUGAGAUCGACGGUAGGAAGAAUAAAGUGUAUGCGCAGAAUUUGUGUUUGCUGGCGAAGUUGUUUCUGGAUCAUAAGACGCUCUAUUACGACACGGAUCCGUUUUUGUUUUAUGUUAUGACGAUUUUUGAUAGUCGGGGGUUUCACAUUGUGGGGUAUUUUUCGAAGGAGAAGGAGUCGACGGAGGAUUAUAAUGUGGCUUGUAUUUUAACGAUGCCGCCGUAUCAGAGGAAAGGGUACGGGAAAUUGUUGAUCGAGUUUAGUUAUGAAUUGUCGAAGUUCGAGGGAAAAACGGGGUCUCCGGAGAAACCCCUGUCGGAUUUGGGGCUGCUGUCGUACAGGAGUUACUGGGCACAGACGAUUUUAGAGAUUCUGAUUUCUAUGAAGCCUGUGGGUGACAAUGAGAAGCCCCAAAUUACAAUUAACGAAAUCUGUGAAUUAACGAGUAUUAAAAAAGAAGACGUCAUUUCAACGUUGCAGAAUUUAAAUUUGAUCAAUUAUUAUAAAGGACAGUAUAUAAUCACGUUAAAUCAAGAAAUUAUGCAAAGUCAUAAGAAAGCGAUGGAAUCUCGACUGGUUAGGAUAGAUCCCAAAUGUCUGCACUGGACGCCUAAAGACUGGGGCAAAAGGGCGAAGUGGUAAAAAUAAAAAUUUUUUAAAUAAAAAA